AUGACUCAGAUGCUUCACUUACUAACUGCUUAUUUAACAUUAUCUGGCAACAUUGGGCAUAUACAGUCUCUCCAGCAGAAUCAUAGCUGUGAAUAUGGAAGUCAUUGUACAAAAGCUUCUGACAGACAAGCAAUGUGCCCUCCAGGACAUUACAGGCCUGGAACAGAACUGGAGGAAUCACAUCAGUGCUUGAAAUGUCCAGUUCAUUUCUUUAACCACAUGGUGGAACAAAAAGCCUGUUUUUCUUGUGGCUCUGAAGCAACACAGCCGGAGGAAGGUCAGUCCACUUGUAUAUGCCGAGGAGAAGGAAGAGUAUUUCAGCCCAGUGACCGCCGAUGUCCCUGUUCUCCGGGAUAUCACCUGACAGAUGAUGGAGUCAGUUGUGUACAGAUUGUGCAUGACAUAUGUAGAGAUGGAGCCAAUCGUAACAAUGAAGGAAAGUGCUUGACCAAACAAGAAUGGACUGACUAUUGUUCCAACCAGGUCUGUACCCUCCCUGAACAUUACCAAGGUUACGACAAGUUUCUAGGAAUUUGCAUUUGCCAGACAGAGGAACUUGAUAGCAUCUGCAAUGCUGACUGUAGGAGAAAGGAAAAGCACUCGCUACAGUUAAUCUGUUUAGAAGAUACUCCUCAGCUUAUGGCUACGGAUUCCUCUGGAGAAAAGGUACCUAUAAGAAGAGAGGACAGAGAGGGGGUUAUUGUUUUUGACAAUCCGGUGGAGAAAUUUACUUGUUCCUCCAAACCAAGCAGUGUUUAUUCAGUAUAUGUAGUCAAGUCCUCAGAACAAGGAUUUUGGGGCGUUUACAACACCAACCCGAAAGAAAUAAAACAUCUGUUGGGCAGGCACGCCAACUUAUCACUAUCUAACGUCUCAGAAAAUAUACCAUACAGGUCAGAUAAAAUUGAUGGCAUCCUGAACCCUACCACAUGUAUACAUGUUAACGACUUCAUCAUGUUUAUAGCCUCCAAGAACAACUAUCCCAUGUAUGAUGUGAACAAUUUAUACAACACAAACCCUGAACUUGACUGGGGGCCAUUUCGGACACUAGCAGAGGAAGUAUGGUUGUCCUCAAAACCCCUGUUUUCAUUUUUGUUCCAGUUUCAGGAACCAGGAGUCUAUGUCCUGAAGCUAAGCAGUAACCAUUAUAAAAAGAUGUACAUUAGGGUCAUGCUUGUUGGAGGCCAGUGCUAUCAAGAUGGACCGUUUUUCCCUACGACUCCCGGGCAUGUCAUCCGCAAUGGAAUUGCACAGAUGCCUCCUCUACUUUUAAAGCCAGACUGGCCGGCUAUUGCUGGCAUUAUAACAGGCCUAACGUUGAUCCUGAUCACCUGCGUUUUGUUACUGGUUUGGUUCAGAGACUUGGGCUGGACACCCAAAACUGUUGGUUGCCCCAAGUUUCGAAACUUACAGCUGAAAUUUAACUUGGAUAGUUAUUCAUCUAAAGGAUCAACAGUAAUGACAAGUAAGAAACUUCAUCCUCGGAUGAGAAUAAAAGGCCAGCUGGACAAAACUUGGAAUGAGACUGAUAGACGGAGAUGUCAGAAAUUUAUUGCAGAUGAUGAAUUUUGGGAUUAUGAACAGCAGAUAGACAUGGAAAGUUUUAACGCACACAUGUUCUAUGAUAUUUUGCUCAAGCAGUCCUUUCUGGUUACAUCAAAGCUUGGUCAACUAAAAGAAGAGGUAAAGGUGUUCUAUGAAAAACUUGUAUAUGAAGUGAGCACUUUAAAAGAGACGUUUGUGAAACAUCUAAGUAUUACUGGCUAUCCAAAGCUAUAUUCAAGUUCUAUAGUGGAAAACUAUAUUCAAAACAAACAAGAGGUGGAAAUAGAGGUAGGCAAGAGAAAGAGGCUGGCUGCAGAAUAUGAAGACAUCCUAAAUAAGCAGCUGCACAUGUUGCAGGAGGACAUGAAAUCCCAGGAGGAGCAUUGUGUUGUCUUUGAGGCAUCACUUAGGGAAUCUGCCAGGUUGCUGGAGUUGAUGAAAGAAAACACUUCAGAGUCUGGAGGAGAUGAGUUUGCAAAUAAAUGGCAAAAAUAUGUAGCUCUGUUUGAUGCAUCUUGCAAUACAAUGUACAAUGCAGUGAUGAAAGAGAGCAACAGACUUAAAGUGUGGAGUGUGCUGGGGGAAGACACUGGAGCAUACCUAGUUAACAAGGACAGGACAAGACUGCUUUCUAAAAGGGAUCUUAUAGCUCUGGAUGGUUCAGUACAGGAGAGUGAGUUUGUGUCUGUGGACCCUGUACUUGGACUAAUCACACCUAAGCCGCACUCCGUCAUGCUUCUGUCCAGUAACUAUCUGACGCCGGUUCCUAGUGGUUUCUUCCUGCACAGUGAUACAGGGAAGGUCCUCCCUAUAGCUGGGAAUGUCGGUUAUGACCCAGCUACCUCUCAGCUUAUCUCUACUGUAGAUUCAGCAUUGGGUAAAAUUUGGAAAACAGGAAGGUCAAUAUUGCCAUAUGUCAAUUACCCGGUGAAUCCAAGUACAGGCUUACCAGUGGAUUGUAAGCUCUCUGAUCUACAUCAAGCUCAGUGCGAAAACUUCACAAGAAUGGUGGAUCCAACAUCAGGUCUGGAAGUUCCUAUACUGGCGGUAACAAGACAUCCCAGAACACGCCAAUGGCUGGCAGUAGCAGGGACAUAUAUGCAUCCCCUAACAAACACACUGUCUCCAAUUGAAAUUGGAGGUCCUAUGGUGGGAGCUAGAGGAAAACUGUAUCCAGUUCUAGGUGUUGGCAUAGAUAACACCACGGGAGAUGUAGUUCCGCUGGGAGGUCUAGUGUCUUCUUCAGGCUCUAUAUCUGUUUUGGGAGAUAUCUUCCAUGAGCCAUUGAGUGGGAAGAAGGUUAGACUUCAGGGAGCUAUUGUCCAGGAGGAUAAGGUGGCACCUCAUGCUGGAGGCUAUCAGGCCCUGUUAGACUCAAACCUAAUGAUGGCUCAAAUUGCUGUCAUUGACAAGUUGAAAGCACACAGAGAAUUGUUCUCAGAAGACCUACCUGUUGUAAAGGAAGAGUUUGAGCAUGCUUCUACUGCCCUAACUAAAGCUUUGGAAAGCAUGAAGAAAGCCGCUACAUUAAGGAACCAACAUGUGAUAUCAAAGUUGCACAAUGUUACUAGCCAGCUGAAAAUGGCAGUAGACAUUAAGUUACAUGGUGGAAACUUGGGACUGAUAAGGUAUCACAAAACCGAGCUGUGGAUUCCUGCUGUCCUUGGAAUGGAGAUCCCAGAUCCUGGACCUUCUGAUAUGAUGGUCCCAAUCCUUGGAGUUGAACAUGAUUUUAGCAAAGGCCACCUAGUUCCACUGGCCGGAACAAUGGAAGACUACCAGGGCACAGGUCUUAUUCCCAUCAAAAUUGGAGCAAGAACAAUUGAUCCAACCACAGGGUGCAGCUGUCCAGUGGUGGGAGCUCAAAUCAACCCCCUGACAGGGGUGAUAAUUCCAGUGGUGCAAACGCUGGGGACUUUAAAGGAUAAAGAUUAUUAUUUACUGGAAGCCCUUCAGAAUGAGUUGACUGCAAGAGAGACAUUUUGGCAAAACCAGAGGAGUAAAGAAGAGGAGCUACUAAAGGAACUGAAUGUUCUUACUCUUUAUGUGCUUGAUGUGGCCAGAGAAGGAAACACUCAUAAGAUUAGAUUUAGAGAUCGAAUUUUAUCAUUGGACGAAGCUUUCCAAUCUCUGGAAGAAGAGUCCUUGUGUGAGGCCCAACGAAGAGCCAGUUGUAACCUAAACACCUUGUCCAUUAAGAUGAGUCAACUCCCCUUUAUAGGAGGUGAUAUUACAGAAGAAAAGGAACAACAGCUGAUAUUUUCCCUGGUUGUCAGGAAAACUACAGAAAAAUUAAUGGAAUUCACUGACAAAUUGGUGGAGGAGUCGGAGAGGGUGAGCAGUCAGCUGAGAGAGUGGCAGAAGAGCAGGGAGCAGACUAGCGAGGACAUAGUUAAAACAAAGGAAGGAGAGAUCAUGCUGCACUUAAUUGACGAGUUUGAAGAUCAUAUCAUGAAAAGGUUAACAGGCGUUGACGUAGCCUAUUGCAGACUGGAGUAUGUGAGAGAACACUGCAAAAUACAAGGACUACUGGCAAAGUCCUAUUUAUUAGGGACAUCACUUCAUUAUAUUAACCCACAAGCAACAUACUGGAAUGUCACCGGGAAACAGAGGAGAAAUAUUGGGGAAAUGCUGAUUCCAAUUUUGAAACAUCUAAUUCAGGUCGUGGAAGAAAAUAAAACAUCUGUACUACCAUCUGAGACACAGGCCCCAGUGUCAGGUUACUCAUCAAGGAGUACUUUAAAGGCAUCAGCGGCCAAUUCAGACAAUUUUCAAGUCUCCGCUAAUGCCUCUGACAAAUCUAAAUCAUCAGGACCUUUUCCUUGGUUAAGCAAUGAAUUGUUUUACGGGCAUCAAGGGUAUUUGUUCAGGUUUCUCACUGAGAAGCAAGCAACUGAACUCGUCCAUCUAGAACGUAUAUUACUGGCUGAAGAAAUAAGCAGGAUAUGGAGCUUCUGCGAAUCUUACAACGUCCAAGCAAACUUAUGGGGUCUGAUUUCUCAAGAUAAAGAUAAGCAGAAGCAGCUGGUAAAUGACCAGAAUAUGAGCUUUGAAUGGGACAAACUCAUAAAGGAGCUUACUGAUGUGCACAGAACUGCUCUGAAAGCACUGUGUGAGAAGCAUCAAGAGGAAGCAAAGCGAAUGGGGCUGGACCCGGAUACAGUCAUACCUGCAAACUACUUCACCAGAGAUGUCACGGCUGCCAUAGAGGAAGUGGCGGUGAAAAUGCAAUCAGUUUAUCAGCAGCUGCAUCGUGACAAGUCUCAGGAAAUGUCAUCAGGAGAAGCAAAAUUAUUUACAACUGAUAAAGAUUCCCAAAGUGUGCGUUUACGGACUAUAGCUGCUAAGUAUGUAAGGCAAGAGUUGCUCAUACAGAUCCAUGUGUACAAUAUACUUGAUGCCUACAAUGGGGUUCAGGCUGAUAACUGUGUUAAGGAUGUGCAGGAGAUAUUGAGCCAGUUAUUCUCAAAGUCUUGUUAUGGAAAAUCAGCUGCAGAAGAAGCUGCAAACAUUAUGGAACAACAGUAUGUAGAAAAGCUGAUACAGCUGUUAAAGAAAUCUUACAAAGAACAACAGAGUCCGCUGCCACUGAGUGAAAUGCAGUCUCAGCUGAAGGAGGAACAUUGUGUAUUAACAGAACAACUGCUGCAGGAAAAAGACACCUUAUUAUUGAAAGAAAUGGCAGGUGUAGCAGACACAAGGAACUAUAUGGACCACAUUGUAUGCUAUGUGCUAACUCAAAGGCACCUGCGCCAAGUGGUUAUGCUGCUACAGGAAGGUUUCAGGACCCAAACACAAGAUCAGGAAAAAGUGUUGAGAACGUGGGACGUGCAUGACUGUGCUGUCACUGGAAAUUGUCAGGAAGAAAUUUUGAAUCUAUUCAACAACAAAGAAGAAGCCAAAUUAUUACUGACGGACAUGCAACAUACCAUAAGAAGGAUACAGCUGAGAGAGCGUCAUCUAGGAGAAAUUGCACAAGGACUGAAAGAAUUCUGUUCUGAUAAGGUUCACAUUCUUACAUAUGUAGAGGAAGCUCAUUACCUGGAAAAUGAACUGCAAGCCUUUGUACAACAGCAACUGAAACGCCUAAAGGAAGAACUAAAAGAGUUAUCAAAAAGCUUACAUUCCAAAGAGGAGAUGCUGGGUUCAGAAAAAAUUAAAGAGACAAUUGCAGAUGAGAGAGAAUUCCUAAAGCGUUUACAAGAGAAGCAAGCAGAGGAGGAACAAGCCCACAGAAGGCAGAUUUCAGAAGAAUGUCUAAAACUCCAAGACCAACUAGAACGUGGAGAACUCAAUGGUUUCAUGAAACAGAAGCUCAUUAAGGAACAUGAUGAAUCAAUCGCUUUCCUAGAAAAGACUCUCCAACGGGACCUUGAGAAACUGAAUGUGAAACUACAAUCCGAGCUGUGUAGAGGGAAGAGACCGCCUGGGACCACCCUUCUGAACAUGGAAGCACCAACGGGGAAGAUCAAUUCCCAAAGCAAUGACCAGAAAAUUCUGUCUUUACUGGCAGACAAUAUAAGUAUAUUCCAGCAAGCAGAUCAAAUUGCUGCUGCAAGAAUAACACUUUUGGGCAGCCAUUUGGAUACCACCGUUCUUCCACCAGCUCCAGCAGAUGGAGAUACCAGCAAUAUUCUAGAGUCCUCUCCCAUGCUCACGCUCCUGAAGGAGGUGGAUAGUCAGCUGCGAGCCAGCGCCCAGAGUGCUAAACUGAUGCAGAGCAGCAAUAAGCUAGAUCAAAAGAAUACAUUCACAGAUGUAGAAGAUUUACAGUCACCCUACCAAGGUGAUCUGUCACCUGUACGCCCUGAGGACCUGUCUGCCAGAGAGUUUGUGAUAUACCAGUAUGGGACUUACAUCCUGCAGCUCCUGAAAUCACAUAUUAAUAUUGGAGAACUUGAUUUGCAUGUUGCAACUUGUUUGCCUGGCAAUAGCUACAAGGGGAAUGCAUUCUCUCGCUCUUUCUUCUAUCAGAGUUCUGAAAAUGAGCUGUUUGUUCUACGGGGAUAUCUCCAGUCUGCGGGAAGCUUUGUUUUGCUGAUCAUCCACUGCAUUUGUCACAUUGCUUCUGGAGGGUUCGAUGAUGAUGCUGAUCCAUUUUUCCUGAGAAAUUUCUAUCAGGCAGUAAGGAUCUGCUUGACUGAGGGCUUCUUUACAAGAUUCCAGUUAUCAUCUCUAUCUCAUGAUCAUAAUAACUCAAGACCGUCAGAUGACAAUAUUCUGCCAAAAGAAGAGACAUUUUCUAAGAACACAGAUUUCAUUUCGAAACUUAUAGCAAUGAAAUUUGAAUCCUCAAAUGGAAAAUCUUUAUUUAAACAGUUUCCAAAGACAAGUGAAGAAACAAUGUCGCAAUAUGAAAUUGAGGCAAUACUAAAGAACAAACUGGCUCAAAGGAAAAGAGAAUUCUUUAACCCAAAUGACAGACUGAAAAACUGUUCACCCAAGGAAGAAGAAAAUGAUAAGCAACUGAUUACAGCAGAACAUCUCCAUAAGGCACUUGAUACACUCAAUGCUGAACUGAUGAAAGUCUUGCAGAAGGAAAUUGAAUUACAAAGGAACAUAAGUGAUAUAGACAAAAAGUGUUUUCAUAAACAAAUUCUUGCGCUUGAAAAAGAGUGCUUGAUAAAAAAUAUAGUGAUUUUGGAAGAAAAGAUUACUUUUCAAAACAGUCUAGUUUAAAUCAUCUAUCUAUCUAUCUAUCUAUCUAUCUAUCUAUCUAUCUAUCUAUCUAUCUAUCUAUCCAUCUAUCUAUCUAUCUCAUGUACAUUACGUACUAAGGGGCAGAUGUAUUAACCUGGA